CUUCUCUUUCAUCUUUCUCUUUCAUCUUUCUCUUUCUCUUCUCUCCAUCUCUCCUCCCGCCAUGUGCCCCGACGAGCUCCCCUCCCGUCCUAUCUCCUUGACCGAACGCUUCAACCUGGCCAGACGCAAUGUCGGCCAGCCCUCCAUCCUCACCUUCGUCGCUGCCUAUCCAUCAGCCAGUGACGCUCCCUCCAGAGCAUUACUCGCUCGCCGCAUCGCCGAGCUUCAGGAACACUUCCCCCAGCUGUACGCACGGUAUCAGGGCCGGCGCACCCCCGAGCCUACGCAGGUGCUCAGAGCAAAGGCGUGGAGCAGCGAACGAGUGCUGGGAGAGGCGGUGCAUGAGCAUCUUGCUGCAGGCGACGACAAGGAGAUGGCAGUGCUGCUCUCUGCGGAGGGACAGCGCAUGAUCAAGAAGGAUUUCGACAAUGACCCCUUAUGGCAGGUCCGUGUAUACUCUACUCCAUCCAGCUCCCGCGUCUACAUUACUCUCUCCGUUGACCAUGCUCUCAUGGACGGGAGGGGCACAGCCAACCUGUUCGAUGCGCUUCUCACCAAAGACAUCUCCCAACUGCCGUACGAAAGGCUCGAGGCGACACCUCGGGACGAAGAUGUGCUUCCCCUGAAGCCGAGCUUGUUGCAAGCCCUUCCCAUCGUUUGGCAGGAGAUCAUCCUCCCUCGCUUGCCGUCGUUUCUAGCAAAAUACUUCAUACAGCCCAAGUCAUGGCCUGCACAUCUCAUUGCCGAAUCGCCUUCUACUGCCCCUUCCGCCUACUCGCUCUUCUCGCUUUCCUCCAAAGAGGUGUCGGCCAUCAAAAGCAUCUCCAGGACGCAUGACGUCUCUACGCUCAACUCAGUAUUGAAGUGUAUCUACGCACUUGCCAUAUGGUCAAAGUAUCAUUAUACCCUCUCGCCCUUCCGCCUCUCGGCCACUACUGCUCGCUCCGAGCGGAAGUUUUCCCUAGGCUGCUCCUACGCGUUUUCCAACUAUGUCAGUUCUCACAAGGUUGUAAUCAAGUUUGAACCCCACGCUAGCUUCUGGUCGGUGGCUAGGGAUGUGUCGCAUGAGCUCAAUACCGACCGCUCUCUGUCCGACGCUAGAUUACGGAUAGGCAUGCUUUCCUACAUUCCUAGCGGUCCCUACGUGUCUCCAUCAGGGGAACCUGACCCUCUUCGACCAACCCAAUACGAAGCCUUCUUUCUCCGCAGUAUGUCCUCUCCCACCCCGAUCCAUGCCGCUCUAGCAUUCUCCAAUUUGGGCCUCGUCAAACUACCUCCCGGAGCAAGUGACCUCGCGUGGGCGGAGACCGCCUCGUCCAUGGGAAGCUCGGUGUUCGGGGCGGUGGUGGUCGGCCAUGAAGGGGGCGUAAGAAUUGGGACGACGUGGAAAGAUGGGGCAGUGGUGUGUAGGGACGAAGUGGAGGAUGUGGAGAGGAUAUUCAGGGUCAUUUUGGAGAGGUUGGUGGAUGGAAAAGAGAGUGUGAAAGAGUUGGUCAAUGCCAGUGGUCUUGGGCAAUCUAGGGGGUGAAGUUGUGGUUGUGAUUCAUAGUUGACAGUAUGACUAUACAGGGCUAGAAUGUAAACUUGAUGGUAUCUCAGCACCUCGUCGACAUGCCCCAGCUGUUGUCGCC